AUGGUAAAUGAAAUUAAAAAAACCGAGGAUAAUGUCAUCAGUACGUUAGGUGACAUUAAACGAGCAGUUGCUGAUUUUACAGACAUGUUUGCAGAUAUGAGAGGAAACAUAACCGAUGAGAUGAUAAAGAGAGGCGAGGAGAUAAAAAGGAGUGAAGAAUCGUUCAAAACAUUAUCUGAGGAAAUAAGGAAAAGCCUAACAAGUGGUAUCGAGGCUGAAAAAGAGAAACUUGUUCAACUUCAAGGAAAACUUGAACAACCUCCGAUCGCUUUCUACGCACAUCAGUUGAAAGACAUGAUACUUGAUACAACGGAUGAGAUUCUCAUAUUCGAGAAGACAUUCACUAACGAGGGAACAGGUUACGACACGUCCACAGGCUUGUUCACAGCUCCUGUUGGUGGACUGUACCAGUUUGUUGUUCAUACAUGUCCUUAUAAAGAAAAACAUGCUUAUCUUGGAUUGGUGUUGGAAGGAAACGUUAUUGCAGCACAUGCUUACGAUGCUGAUAAUACAUAUGGCUGUAAUACGUUUGGUGCAAUAGUAAGAGUAAAAUCAGGAGCCAAAAUUUGGGUCAAAUCCACAGCGUCAGGUUCUAACUACCAGCUUUAUCAAAGUGUAUAUAGGUUCAACACAUUUAGUGGACUACUAGUGAAUAACUGAAGUA